AUGGCUUCUCUUCAUGUUUUCUUUGUUGGGUUCCUUGUUUGUUCAUGUGGGGUGAUUGCAGAGAAUGAUUUGGUGAUGGAAGAAAGUGAGCUUCUGGGACUGUUUGAUGUCAUGGCUUCACUUGUAGACGAACCUGGUUGGUCCGAACUGUACCCUGAGCCAUGCACCAACACGCCAUGGCCUGGAAUCGAGUGCCAGGUAGGUAAAGAUCAAGAUCCACCAAUUUUUCACGUUACAACUAUUCAUAUCGGCCCUGAUGUUGCCUCCACACCAUGCCAACCUGCUGCAAAGAUAUCGGAUUCUUUGCUCAAAAUACCUUACCUCAAAUCCCUCUCUAUUUUCAACUGUUUUUUGACAUCAACGGCUGUGGUUUCUCCCACGUUGUUUGGUGCACUGUCUUCCUUGGAGCAUCUUUCACUUCAAUCGAAUCCGUUUCUAUCCGGUGAAGUUCCUUCAAGCUUGGGGAAUCUUUCAAAGCUAAGGGUCUUGACCUUGUCACAGAACAAUCUACAAGGGAACAUCCCUGGUGAACUCGGUGGGUUAGUCCACUUGGAGCAACUUGACCUGAGUUACAACAACCUAAGUGGCGAAAUCCCACAAGAGCUUGGAAGCUUAAAGAGUUUAGCCAUUUUGGACUUGAGCUCCAAUGACCUUGAAGGGGUGGUGCCAUUUGGUUUAGGUCAGCUUCAUCUUCUUCAAAAGCUUGUUUUUUCCUCAAACAGGCUCAAUGGCAAGAUUCCAUCACAACUAGGGAAGCUAAACAGGUUGGUUUUGCUUGAUUUGAGCUAUAACACCAUACAUGGUCCACUCCCUGAAACUCUCUCAGGGUUAGAGCACAUACAGUACUUAAUAUUUGAUUCCAACCCCAUGAAUUCAUUGAUUCCCUUAUUUCUGGGGUCCCUCAAGAAAGUGACCUAUAUCAGCUUCUCAAGAUGUGGGUUAACAGGCGAAAUACCAAACUCCUUGUCUUCAUUGAACAACCUUACAGCUCUUUCGCUUGACAACAACAGUCUCAAGGGCACAAUCCCUUCAGAUCUGGGGAACCUUCCAAAUCUAGACCAGCUUAACCUCAGCCACAACAAGCUAACCGGGGAACUACCAUUCUCACAGGACUUCAUCAAUAGACUAGGGGAAAGACUUGAUGUUAGAGGCAACAAUGGGCUAUGCACAAGCCACAACAUCUCAACAUAUCUACAAACUCGGACUUGCUUGGACAAACAAGGCACGGUUGACAAUGUAACAUGUCCCCAACAACGACAACCUUGUGAUCUCAAGGGAAAUAAAAAGAACAACACAUCUUUGUACAAUGGAAGAACCAGUUCAUCUGCUCCUUCCCAUGAUCCACCAUCACCACAGUUCACCAUUGUAACUUGUUUUGUUGUUUUAAACAUGUUUUCUUGUCUGUAA